GAGAGUCGUGAGUCGGUCAGUCUAUCUAUUGAGCUGACCAUUCACAUCUUUAAGCUUUCUCUCUCUAAAAUUAAACAUCCACACUCCAUUUGCCCAAGUUAAACAACUAAAAUUGUGUUCUUGGGGCUGCAAGGAGGACCUGAAGUUGAUCUCAGACUGCGCUGAUCGCCACGGUGACCAGAACAUCACAGAUACCUUCACUGCUAACAGAUGGAUGCAGCCAGGGAGGUGAAACAGGAGGAAGUAAAAGAGGAGGAGAAAAAGGAGGAAGAAGAUGCUGAUUCAAAGGUUCGACACUCACAUCAGUUCACAGUGAAAUUCUCCAAUGAGGACGUGGAAUACACCAUUGACUGUGAUCAACCUCACACAGUGCUGGAGAUGGAUGCAGCCAGGGAGGUGAAAAUAAAAAAGGAGGAAGAAGAGGAGGAGAAAAAGGAGGAAGAAGAUGCUGAUUCAAAGGUUCGACACUCACAUCAGUUCACAGUGAAAUUCUCCAAUGAGGACGUGGAAUACACCAUUGACUGUGAUCAACCUCGCACAGUGCUGGAGGUGAUAAAAUCAGAUCUGCCAAAACAGUUUCAGAGGAUGAAAGAUAAAAUGAAGGACUAUUCUGAUUUGAAAAUCAUCAUUCAACUGAGUAAAAAAGGUAAAGAAUCUAUCGUUGCAACACACUUCCCCUGUUCUUGUAUCGAGAACGGUGAGUGUCUGGUCAUACACUGUAAAACACAAGAGGUUGAAGAAACUAAAAUCCAACAUGACGAAUUAUUACCAAGAGAUAAAUAUUUUAUCUUCUACAUUGCUACAAAGGCAGGUGUAAAUGCCAGAAAAGAGAAACGUUUUAGAAGCAAAAGUGUGAAAGAAUUUGAUUAUCUCUGUGUCUAUGCAAAGAAAGGAACUUCUGUGAAAGAGGCUCUGGAAAGAGACGGUCGCUUUGUUGACCUUAAAGACUUCAAACUGUCUGAAGUCCAGAAUUCAAACCAACACACUCUGUGCACACAAAAGGUCGACAAUCUGGAUCAGAAAAAAUUCAAGAUAUGUCGAGAUAGAAAACCUGCAAACUAUGAAAAUGAACAGGUGAGCAGUGAGCAGCAGGGACAGGGGGGACAGGGGGGACAGCAAGGACAGGAGGAAUACCAGGAACAACUGAGUACAUCAAAACAGUCACAACAGAAGUUUAGCACCAAGUCAGUGUUAGAUGCAGCACAGAAGAGUGGAAUCAGUGUGAAAAGAGUGAUGGAAGAGACCGGUAGCAAGGUCAAUCCUGAGGAGAUUUAUAAAUUACUGUGUGAGCAGUUUCAGGAUCUGAAAAGUUUGAUGAAGAAAAGAUUUCCUGGUGAUUCUUAUCAGGAAGCUCUGGAGCUGAAGAAGGAGAACUUUGGAAAGAUCCAACAGUCUUUCAGUGAAGUUCACAGAGUCAGAGAGCUGCUCAGACUGGGUGGAUCAGUUUGUAAAAUCAUUGUUAGUGGUGUUUGGCAGGGAACAGGGUUUGUGCUGUUUGAUAGGUUGAUCCUGACUAAUGCACAUUUAUUUAAGGAUUGUGUUAAAGAAAACAAGCUGCAGGAGGAUAUAGAAGUUUAUGCCCUGUUUAACUAUGAUAAACCUGAGCCAUUCACUAAAUACUACAUCUUUACCGCAGAGAAAACGUUCAUUGACUUUGACUUGGAGCUAGAUUAUGCCAUUCUGGAGCUCAACCCUCAGGGCCAAAAACACAACCAAACAGGGGAAGCUGAAUUACCACCAGGGCUUCUGAGUAAAUUUGGUCCUCUACCUGACAAUGGUGAAGCCUGUCUGAUUGGUCACCCAGCAGGAGCAGUGAAACAAAUAGAUCCUACAUGCAUCAUUCCAAUGGAGAAGAGAGAGGAGGCUGUGGACAAACAAUUACAUCCCUACAAAGAACACUCUUCACUAUCCAAUCAAUCAGUCACUUGAUCCAAAAACAGGACAUUGACAGCAUAAUGAUAGGAGGAAGCAAAGCAGAUAAAGUUGUGACCUACAACACUUUCAUGCAUCACGGAGCUUCUGGCUCCCCAGUGUUUGAUGCUAGGUGCAGAGUUUUUGGUU